GCACAAGUCGAAGCCAAAGCGUCCAAGUCAAUCAUAUCCAGUGUACUUACGCUGUAUUUCGAUUCGAGAUUUCGAUGAUGUCGACAUUUCGAUUCUGAUUUUGUGAUAACUACUCUGUUCUUGAGGAUGCCUCGGUGCCCUGAUGAGAGCCUAUAAAUGGUGCUGAAGCAUCUGAGAAGACGCCAUUCAGCCUGUUUUAAAAAACUGACAUUUAUCAUCCUUAUUUUGAUUUACUGUGAGGUCAUUAUAUACUAUGUUGUCAUUGGGCAAUGCUCUUGGCCUCACUUGAAAAAGACAAAUGUGGGCAACUUUGUUGCUCAGGAUGAAAUGGUACCCUUGAAAAUGAUGCUACUUUCUGACACUCACCUUUUGGGUCCUAAGCGUGGCCAUUGGUUCGAUAAGUUGCGCAGGGAAUGGCAGAUGCAUCGCACAUUUCAGACUGCUUUGACACUGCACCGUCCUGAUGUGGUGGCUUUUUUAGGGGAUGUCUUUGACGAAGGCCAGUGGAGCAAUGAUGAAGAGUUUAAGGUGUACAUGAAGCGCUUCUGGGAUCUUUUUUAUGUGCCUUCUCAUGUGAAAGUUCUUGUUACUGUUGGGAACCAUGAUGUUGGUUUCCAUUACAGGAUGCAUGAAUAUUUCGUGGAUCGCUUUGAAGAAAACUUUAACACUUCAGCUGUCCAGUUGACUGCAAUAAGGGGCAACUUAUUCGUCACUGUCAACAGCAUGGCAUUGUAUGGUGACAGCUGCAACUUCUGUGCCCGUGCUAAAAUGGAGCUGAGAAGAAUAAGGCACAAGCUGCGGUGUACUGAGAGAAAGGUGAUGCAGGAUAAGAGCUGCCGAAAGGAAGACAUGCUAGAGACAAGUGGUCGGCCUGUUGUACUUAUGCACUUUCCUUUGUAUAGGAGCUCGGACAGUGCUUGCUCAGAACCAGAUGCUGCGCCUGCAGCAGAAAAAGACGAGUUGUUUCGUGAAAACUGGGAGUGCCUAUCACAAGAGGCAACAUCGCUGCUCCUGGAUAGCCUAAAUCCCCGUGCUGUUUUUACUGGCCACACCCAUCAUGGCUGUUUGACGAUUCACCGAAAGACCAUACCUGAAUGGACACUGCCAUCAAUAAGCUGGAGGAACAAGCAAAACCCUAGCCUUGCUCUUGCACUUUUUACACCAGAUGACAUGGCAGUGUCAAAAUGCUAUAUACCCAAGGAAACAACUGUGAUCUUUCUGUACAUUGCAGCAGUGGUUGCGCUGGUUGUUUCAUCGCUGCGGAGUCGUAGAAGGAUCUGGUGAAAUAAAUUUUUUAUUUUUCAUUAA